UAAUAUGCGCCAUUUUGAUAGCUAGCUAGCUGAGUUUUUUUUACACCGGUGGUUCAAAACAUUCGUGAAAUCUUUUGUUGUGUUUCAAUGUAAGCUAGCUAGUUAGCCUCCGGUACGUGCUUUCUUUACUCUACGGAUGAAACGUUAAUGCCAAACUCCGUCCCAGUCUGGGGAUGACCUGACGACAGCAGCACCUGACGUCUUUGACCUGUUCCUGCAACAUCCCAGCUCUGUCGGAUAGGACGACUCCUGCACAUCCUACCAUCUGCUAAGGGCUGCUGUCUCCCCCCCACCCUCCCACCCCCACCCUGAGCCUGUCACAUCCUCCUCCUUCAAAGACCUCAAACCACCUGCGAUUGAACAGUACCAGCCUCUGCCGGCGCGCCCCCCACCCCCCAACAAACAGAGACAAUGUAUUGCCUGCAGUGGCUGCUCCCCGUGCUGCUCAUCCCCAAACCGCUGAACCCGGCGCUGUGGUUCAACCACUCUAUGUUCAUGGGCUUCUAUCUGCUCAGCUUCCUGCUGGAGAGGAAGCCCUGCACCAUCUGUGCCUUGGUCUUCCUCGCUGCCCUUUUCCUCAUCUGCUACAGUUGUUGGGGCAACUGCUUCCUGUAUCACUGCCAGGACGCAGCACUGCCGGACGCCGCCCACGACCCAGCAAUCGUCGGGACCUAGGAGAGAGAGACGGGGGAGAGAUAUCAGAGAGGGGGGAAGGUGUGAAGGGUGAUUACUGUAGAAUGAUACUGCCAUGCUGUAAGAGGGGACAGACCGCACUUUGGGUGGGUUGUACCGCCGAGAAUACAGAGAGUACUUGGCAAGAGGCGAGGAGAGAAGCCAGUUUGGGGGUGAUGGGGGCUGGUUUGUGAUGCUGUAGAGAAAAAGACUUAAACCUGAGGUGGUAGGAGGAGAAGAGGGGGAGGUGGCAUCAGAGGCAGCGGGCGAGGGGAGGAAGGAAGGAAGGAAGGAGGGGUAUUGAAACUUGAAACGCUAAGAGAAGGACACGAGUGAACUUCACACUCUCAACACUCCACUUUCAGCAACUUUCAUUCCAGCAUCUGAAUGAAAACGAGACAGUAAACAAACGCACCACAUGUUGACGCCGACCUAAAAGUGACACCGUGUUUGAGUAUUCUGGCUUCUUUCCAGCCCACCCACCUGUUUACUUCAACCAGAGAGAUUCACCAGGGUUCAUCUUCGUUAGAAUCAAAAUACCCUCAAUGUCAAACUGCCAAAAUUCACCUGACCCCUGCUGAAACCUGCAGACGGAGCUUGGACUAGUUUCAAGUUUCACCGGCAGCCAUGUUGGCUCACCAAGCAUUAUACACCAGGAAGUGUUAAAAGAGUAACUGGUGUCCCGAGCGUCCCACCUGUCGCAGCCCGACCAUACCGAACUCCGUCGCCACUUUUGGCUCCGCACACGUAACGCUACCCUCCACACGGAGAGCACACUAACACUGGACAAUCAGUAACUAUGCUGUGAAUAAUUCCUCCUUUGUCGCAUCGCCACACACACACACACACACACACACACACACACUCACAAACUCUCACACACUCUCACACACACACCUCAGAAGGUGUGAUAAUGCUGAGAAACUUACCCACCGUGCUCUGGAGCUGCCCCCUCUCCUCGUCUUCCUCGUUUCCUCUUCCUCCUCUCGCCUCGGAGUGAAAGUCCCCUCCCGCCGGACUCACGAUCUUUUUUUUUUUUUCUUUCUUUUUUUGCUGUUUUGUUUGUUUGUUUUUUUUCUUGUGCAUGGGUUGCCGUUAGUUUUUUUUUAUGCAUUAAGUUCACACACAAAGGUUUAGUGAAUUUAAACAAAAUGCUGAAAGUUUCCAAAGGGUAGAAAAAUCUGGAUGUGUGUGUGCGUGCGUGCGCGUGUGUGUGUGUGUGUGCGGGGUGGAUGAAAGGUUUGUGGUGUGUGCGAUAGGUGUGUAUUUUCUGUGAUCAAAGUCGUGGUGAUACGCAAGGAAACGGCUGAUGGUCAGUAUUUCCAGCAACACUAAGCAAUACAGAACGCUGGGCGAGGAAGUGGCCUCAAGUUUUCAUUGACAAGAAGGGCAGAAGAUUCCUUGUGCAUCACUGCUGUAAGUGUUAUGUUUAGCUGUGAGACGCAGGCUAAGGUGUUUAUACUGUGUACUAAAUGGCGUGUGUGAAGGUGUGUGUGUGUCCGAGUGUGUGUGUGUGUGCGUGCGCGUGUGUGUAGCCUUCUGUCGCAGUGCUGAACAUGCUCACUGCUACACGAUUGCUUUGGUUUUAAUUUAAAUAAAGUUUUUCCUC